AUGUUGGAGAAGCUUAAUGCCAAGGUGCAAGAUUUAUCUAACUACUUCGAUAAAGGCGAACAAACGGACGCAUUACUGCAUCCGAUUUCGAAUUUCUUCGUGAAAAGGGAAAACGGUGGAAGUGAGCACGUUGCUCCAGUUUCGUAGCGUUAUAGACGACUUAGAUCAACGAAAAGAGCUUGCUGUAUCGGACGCCCUUGAAGAAAUGCCUACUUUCCGUCCCGGAUUAAAGAGACUACAAACGCCUCUGUUGAGACACCUUAAUUUGCCAGGACAGAGGGUUUGCUCACUUCUUUCUCACCAUCCAAUGGAAGCUCAC